AUGGAGAANAGCUUCUACACUCUGUACUACACCACACAGACACUGGUCAUGUUGAUAAACCAAACUGUAUUGGUUUAUAUUCAAGAUUCUGUUAGUUGGACCCUUGGUUUUGCACUGCCCACUGUGUACAUGAUUGUUUCAAUCCUUUUCUUCUUUGCUGGCUCCAAAGUUUAUGCCUAUGUUAAGCCUAAGGGAAGCAACCUUUCUAGCAUAGUUCAAGUGCUAGUUGCAGCACAACACAAGCGCCAUUUUCGUAUGUCUGCUGCCAGGGACACACAAGCAGCACUUUACGAUCCACCACUCGAAAAUGAUUCAGAAGGAAAGCUGCUUCUUACAAAUGAUUUUGGAUGUUUAAACAAAGCUGCUAUAGUGGUGGAGAACGACUUGGACAAUGAUGGAUUGAACAAAAAGCCUUGGAGACUAAGUAGCAUCCAUCAAGUGGAAGAGCUGAAAUGCUUGCUGAAAAUCAUGCCGAUAUUCGUGACCAGCAUCAUAGUCAACAUUCCCUUAGGACAACAAGCAAUAUUUGGAGUAUCACAAGCCAUGAAAAUGGAUAGGCACUUGGGACAUAACUUCGAGAUUCAUCCUGGCUCAAUAAAUGUGAUAAUGCUGCUGUCAAUAGGCUUAUUGCUCCCAUUCUACGAUCGAAUUGUUGUUCCUGCACUGGAGAAAGUAACGAAGCAAGAAGGGGGACUGACAGCCCUUCAAAGGAUUGGAUUUGGACAUGCUUUUGGUUUUCUAUCAAUGGUGGUUUCAGGGUUGGUGGAGAUCAAGAGAAGGGAAUUGGCCAUUUCAUCUGGGGCAUCGGAUGGGGUUGCACCCAUAUCAGUGCUGUGGCUGGCUCCUCAGUUCAUUCUUUUAGCAUGUUGUCAUGUUUUUGCAACAGUUGGUCACACCGAGUUUUUCAACAAUGAGUCCCCUGAGGGCUUGAGAAGUAUUGCAAAUUCAUUGCUAUGCCUCAAUGUGUCAGCUGCUAGCAACUUGGGCAGCUUCAUAGUAAACAUUGUGCAUUCUUUCACUGGGAAGCAAGGCCAACCAGAUUGGCUUGAUGGAGACAUUAAUAAGGGCAGAUUAGAGAACUUCUAUUUCGUGGUUGCCGCAUUUGGAUUGUUAAACAUGUUAUGUUUCGUAGCAUGUUCACGUAGCUAUCGUUAUAAGGUCCUUGUGAAGAAUAACUGA